GGGAGAGUCCGAGCCGCGGCUCUGCCCGGCGGCCGGGCGCUACUGCCUACUUUUUCCGGUUCCUUCUCGGCGUCGGGGAGUCUCCAGAGCGGGUUUUUUUUUCCCCCCCUAAACUGCCAUCCAAAUUAAUAAUCCUGCUAAUAACCUGAUCUCCCGCUCCUCCCCACCCGCCUGCCUCCCGCCCUAGCUUCUUCCUCCUCCCUCUUUCCUUCCCACCUCCUUGGUCGCAGCCGGAGGGAAACCUAGCAGCUGCCCGAGGUGGGGGUUGUCCGAGCCCGGGGGGGUCUAGGCGAUGAUCCCCGGGGCUUUUGUUUGCCCUCUGCUCAGAGAACUCCGGUCGCCGCUGCAGAGCGCAGGGCUCGUCGCAUCCUCAGGCAUUUCGUUCCCAAAUUAAAAGUCAGCAGGGGAAACUCGGCUAGACUUGGGCCUCUCCUGGGCCCCUCCCGGCUCCUCCGCCCCAUGUCCACUGGGGAGGCUGCCUGGUGCGGAGGCGGCGGCCGAGGCCGAGGCAAACUGUGGGUGACCGCGCCUGCGGGCGACUUUGCCAUCCGUCAACCGGGACCUGGGGAGGAAGAGCCAGCAGCUCCCCAUCCCCUCCCCCACCAUUUCGGAUACCCCCCAGGGACGCGUUUUUGGGUUCCCACUGACUUCCAGGAAGGACGCGUGCCCCUCUUUGACUCCUCGGGCGGCCACCUGUCUUUGCCGUGGUGACCCUUCUCCCAUGACCCUGCGGUGCCUCGAGCCCUCCGGGAAUGGCGCGGAAGGGACGCGGAGCCAGUGGGGGACCGCAGGGCCGGCGGAGGAGCCGUCCCCGGAGGCGGCGCGUCUGGCGAAGGCCCUGCGGGAGCUCAGUCAAACAGGUUGGUACUGGGGAAGUAUGACUGUUAAUGAAGCCAAAGAGAAAUUAAAAGAGGCACCAGAAGGAACUUUCUUGCUUAGAGAUAGUUCGCAUUCAGACUACCUACUAACAAUCUCUGUUAAAACAUCAGCUGGACCAACUAACCUGCGAAUCGAAUACCAAGAUGGGAAAUUCAGAUUGGACUCUAUCAUAUGUGUCAAAUCCAAGCUUAAACAAUUUGACAGUGUGGUUCAUCUGAUCGACUACUAUGUUCAGAUGUGCAAGGAUAAGCGGACGGGCCCAGAAGCCCCCCGGAACGGCACUGUUCACCUUUAUCUGACCAAACCGCUCUACACGUCAGCACCACCUCUGCAGCAUCUCUGUAGACUCACCAUUAACAAAUGUACCGGUACCAUCUGGGGACUGCCUUUACCAACAAGACUAAAAGAUUACUUGGAAGAAUAUAAAUUCCAGGUAUAAGUGUUUCUCUUUUUCUAAACAUGCCUCAUAUAGAGUAUCUCCGAAUGCAGCUAUUGUAAAAGAGAACCAAAACUUGAGUGACUGCUCUGGAUAACUACGCGGAAUCCUAAGAACAGCUGAAGUCAAUCUAAUUUAACCGUGUGAUGAGGUAGCUAGGUAUUUCAAGUUCCCCGGAAUAUUUUCACCUGAGUGAGGCUUCCCUUCCUAAGGCUGACCAAGAACAGUUGAUCCCUUUGAGUUAAAAAUAAAAUGUCCCAAGGAAAGGCUGGAGGAACAUUUGAUCAGAAUGCCUUGUCUUUCUGAGGUUCCUUUCUUUUGGGUGGAAGGUCCGAGCGCUGGUAGUAGGGAAGGAACUCCACCUGGGAGUCCUGAGGAAGCGGGUAGAGCCAAACUGACACAGGCUUACCUUCAAUUUCAUCUGCCUGGUGAUCAGAGUCUAUUUUAGGACAUUUUAUAGUUUGCAUUCUGAUGUACCUAGGAGAUUUGUUAAACAGAUAUGCUUCUGAGUAUUUAUCCUUCGUUUUAUGCAAUUAACCAAAUCAACCAAAAAAAGGUGACCAUGAAAUCCUGUAUUCGUCUUUUUACUACAUGUAUGAACUCGCUCCUGUGAACGAGUACUGUAGUAAUCCAUUUUAAGGGAGCCUUAUUUCAGAAAUAUUUCAAACUGGUGCAAACGGAAAAGACUUGGUCUUUUCCUUUAAGGCUAAAGACAAGAAUGUCACGCUCUAUAGGUGCCACUCAAUCCCUGUCAAUAAAACCAUGUAGAUAGAGACAUUUUACCCUUUGAAGUAGCUCUGUCCCAACCUGUGGCCAUUGAUUUUUUGGAAGUGGCUUCAGAAAUUCCCCAGUUGUCCUGGGAUUGUCUAACCAUGGACAUCAGCAGUUGUCUCCCUUCUACCACGUAGAAUACUUUGACUUAAUUUUCUUCCAGAUAUAGGGGGAUACCUGCCUGUUUUUCAAAGUGUUUAUUUACUGCUGUUACUAUUUGAUUAGAAUGUAUUAAAUAAAAAAACUUGACUUUUACAAGUUGCUCUUAUGACUUUGAAUCAUAGAGAACGUGCACUUUCAUGGUGAUAGAGGGUUGCCAUAAAAACUUAUGUCAAACGAAAGAAGCCAAGUAUUCAGCAAGAGGGGAAACAUUACUCGCCCUUCUUAAAGUUAGGGGCCACAUUUGCCCUUUGCAUUUUGGAAAGCAUGGUUUAGAAACUGCAAGAAUUGCCAAGUCUUUUACAAGUUGAAUGCGCAUAACAUGAAUGCCCUUUAUCUUUGCAAAAACAUGGUUUAGAAACUACAAAAAUUGUGACAUAUCCUAGUCUUUUAAAGGUUGAGUAGGCAUAAAAGAAAAUAAAAAUUAACAGUUUUAUGGCCAUUUACUUUUUGCCACACAGUCUCAUGACUGUUGCAAAUGCACCAUCUUUUCUGGAGUCCAGACAUUCAUUUUGCCACCUUUUAAAAAAUAUUUGGGGGAGGGGAACCUGUAAUAUCAUGUGUGUGCCCCAAGUGAAUUAGAAAAUUCAGUUAUAAAUUAUAGUAAAACCUGCUUAUCACAUAUCAUGAAAAUAUUCAUAUUUUCAUGAAGCUCCUGAGAAAGAGUUUUGUGCCUGGAAGGAAAACAUAACAAGGCGUGUCCAAACAGCAGAGCCCAACACAGGAGAUUGCCAGGUGGGCUUUAGGAAGAAGUUAUUUGUAGCCUAAAAUAUAAAGAAGAGCUAUACUUUUAGGGUCUGGUCUGUGAUGGGGAGAUAACCUUUUCAUUAGGAUGUUCAGAGUCUGUGCUUUAUUUACCCUUUUUGCCCACCGACAGCAGUUGUCUAGUGUGGGGUGUUUGACUUUUCUGGCAAAACUUCCACAUGAUCAGUGCUAAGGGGCUUUGUGGAAUUUCUUUUAGGUCUUUUGCAUUUCUGUUCUCAUUGUUUCAAACACUCUGAUACUUCCCAGUUAUUGAGAGUUGGAUGCACUAGCAGGGUAUGAGUAUCCGUGGAAUUGUGGAAAGUUCUGCAUUAUUGCUAGCAAGUGACUAAUUAUGAGAAAUCCAGAGGACAGCAAAGACAUCUCCGGAGUGUGCUGUGAAACUGUUGCCUUACGUUUCAGUCUUCCCUGUUCCAAGUAGGUCGAUAAGCAUCAGGAGACAGUCUU